AAGUAUUCAGGUCGUUGGCAGCUGAAGUGUUUGUGUGCUCAGCUCAGCUCACGGACGUGUAUUCACCUUUACUGCGUUUUCCUGAUACUGUGACCCACAGGGGUUUAUAGUGAGACCGUCGGAGGCACAAGAUGAUGAACGCAGUGGGAGAGAAUUAUUUCCUCCACACAAAAUGAUGUUUAUUUUUCCCUUUUUCUUGUGAGACGAUGAAAAGCAAAUUAUUAAAAUGAGGAAUUUCUCUUUCGAGUGGGAAGAGAGGAAAACCCAGAGGCUGGGAGACUAAAACCGUCACUUCCAGAUGUUCUUCUUCCUCUCUGUCUGAAAGGUCACAGCACGAACCCGAACCCGAACCCGAACCCAGCCGGGGGGCCAUGAAGAGACAUCGCUCAACAGAAGAACCUUCUGAGCUCAAAGGUGGACUGCAAGAUAUGUGAGUCCGCUGUUACCAACAAAGCUCUUAUGAUAUUAAAUAUUAUAGAGAUAGAAAGUGCUUUACAGGUCAAAAACAGAAUAAAACAACCAGCUCAAACAAAGAUGAAUAUAUUACUGUUAUUUAAAAAAGUUAAUAAAAAACAAUUAUAAUAUAGAAACAUUAACAAAUACAAAUUGUAUUAUUAAAAAAUAUAAAAUAUUUUAAAUAUAGGGAGCUAAUUCUUCUGUAGUUCUCCCUCUUCUUGAGAAUAUUAUACUGCUUUAUACUUCUACAUUUCACGUUUAUUUCACACAUGUAGUUACUGGUUACUUUUCAGGGUAAGUUUGAGUGUCUGUUUGAGGGGAUCGCUAAAGCAGGAAACCCAACCCUUCUGAAUCAGAUCUACACAGAGCUCUGCAUCACAGAGGGAGGGACUGCAGAGGUCAACGAUGAACACAAGGUCAGACAGAUUGAAACAGCAUCCAGGAAACCACUGAGGCCAGAUGCAAUGAUCAGAUGUGAAGACAUCUUUAAACCCUCACCUGGAAAAGAUGAACCAGUCAGAACAGUGAUGACAAAGGGAGUGGCUGGCAUUGGGAAAACAGUCUUAACACAGAAGUUCACUCUGGACUGGGCUGAAGACAAAGCCAACCAGGACAUACAGUUCACAUUUCCAUUCACUUUCAGAGUGCUGAAUGUGCUGAAAGAGAAAAAGUUCAGCUUGGUGGAACUUGUUCAUCACUUCUUUACUGAAACAAAAGAAGCAGGAAUCUGCAGGUUUGAAGAGUUCCAGGUUUUGUUCAUCUUUGAUGGUCUGGAUGAGUGUCAACUUCCUCUGGACUUCCACAACAAUGAGGUCCUGACUGAUGUUACAGAGUCCACCUCAGUGGAUGUGCUGCUAACAAACCUCAUCAGGGGGAACCUGCUUCCCUCUGCUCGCCUCUGGAUAACCACACGACCUGCAGCAGCCAAUCAGAUCCCUCCUGAGUGUGUUGACAUGGUGACAGAGGUCAGAGGGUUCACUGACCUACAGAAGGAGGAGUACUUCAGGAAGAGAUUCAGAGAUGAGGAGCAGGCCAACAGAAUCAUCUCCCACAUCAAGACCUCACGAAGCCUCCACAUCAUGUGCCACAUCCCAGUCUUCUGCUGGAUCACCGCUACAGUUCUGGAGGAGGUGUUGAAGACCAGAGAGGGAGGAGAGCUGCCUAAGACCCUGACUGAGAUGUACAUCCACUUCCUGGUGGUUCAGUCCAAACUGAAGAACGUCAAGUAUGAUGGAGGAGCUGAGACAGAUCCACAUUGGACUCCAGAGAGCAGGAAGAUGAUUGUGUCUCUGGGAAAACUGGCUUUUGAGCAGCUGCAGAAAGGCAACCUGAUCUUCUAUGAAUCAGACCUGACAGAGUGUGGCAUCGAUAUCAGAGCAGCCUCAGUGUACUCAGGAGUGUUCACACAGAUCUUUAGAGAGGAGAGAGGGCUGUACCAGGGCAAGGUGUUCUGCUUCGUCCAUCUGAGCGUUCAGGAGUUUCUGGCUGCUCUUCAUGUCCAUCUGACAUUCCUCAACUCUGGGGUUAAUCUCCUGACAGAGGAGCAAUCAAACUGCCAGAGGUCUACACCAACAGCAGACACAUCUGCAGUAAAACGCUUCUACCACAGUGCUGUGGACAAGGCCUUACAGAGUCCAAAUGGACACCUAGAUUUGUUCCUCCGCUUUUUCGUAGGCCUUUCCCUGCAGACCAAUCAGGAUCUCCUACGAGACCUGCUCACUCAGACAGGAUGUUGCUCACCUUGCAAUCAGGAAACAAUCUAUUACAUCAAGAAGAAAAUCAGGGAGAAUCCCUGUCCUGAGAGAAGCAUCAAUCUGUUCCACUGUUUGAAUGAACUGAAUGAUUGUUCUUUAGAAGAGGAGAUCCAACAGUACCUGAAUUCAGGAAGUCUCUCCACAGAUAAACUGUCUCCUGCUCAGUGGUCAGCUCUAGUCUUCAUCUUACUGUCAUCAGAAAAAGAUCUGGACUUGUUUGACCUGAAAAAAUACUCUGCUUCAGAAAAGGCUCUUCUGAGACUGCUGCCAGUGGUCAAAGCCUCGAAAAAAUCACUGUUGAGUGUCUGUAAGCUAUCAGAGAAAAGCUGUGAAUGUCUGGCCUCAGUUCUCAGCUCUCAGUCCUGUAGUCUGAAAGAGCUGGACCUGGGUAAUAACAACCUGCAGGAUUCAGGAGUGAAGCUGUUGUCUGCUGGACUGGAGAGUCCACACUGUAGGCUGGAAACUCUAAGGUUAUAUCAAACCAGCCUCACUGAGGACAUCUGCCAGGGGUUUGCUUCUGUUCUCAGCUCAGAGUCCUCUACUCUGAGAGAGCUGGACCUGAGUAACAACAACUUGCGGGAUUCAGGAUUGAUGCUGCUCUGUGCUGGACUGGAAAGUUUGCAUUGUAAACUGCAAACUCUAAGGCUCAGCAUCUGUAAUCUGUCAGGGAGAAGCUGUGAAGCUCUGGCCUCAGUUCUCAGAUCCCAGUCCUCUAGUCUGAGAGAGCUGGACUUGAGUAGCAAUGACCUGCAGGUUUCAGGAGUGAAGCUGCUGUCUGCUGGACUGGAGAGUCCGCACUGUAGGCUGGAAACUCUCAGGCUGUCAGGCUGUCUUAUCACAGAGGAAGGCUGUGCUUCUCUGGCCUCAGCUCUGAGCUCCAACCCCUCCCACCUGAGAGAGCUGGACCUGAGCUACAAUCAUCCAGGAAUGAAGUUGCUGUCUGCUGGACUGGAUGAUCCACAAUGGAAACUGGACACUCUCAGGCUGGACCACGGUGGAGUCCAGAGGUUGAAACCAGGUCUGAGGAAGUACGCCUGUGAUUUGACGCUGGACCCAAACACAGCACACAGAAGGCUUCAACUGUCCGAAGACCUCAGAAAAGUGACAGUUGUGGCCCAGGAGCACCAGUGUGCAGAUCGUCCAGAGAGAUUUGACCGCUGGUUUCAGCUGCUGUGUAAAAAUGGUCUGACUGGUCGCUGUUACUGGGAGGUCCAGAGGAAAGGAGGGAUUUUUAUAGGUGUGACGUACAGAGGAAGUAAAAGGAAAGGGCAAGGUGUCGAGUGUAGGCUCGGAGGGAAUGAUAAGUCCUGGAGUCUGUACUGCUCUGAUGAUCAUUACUUCGCCUGGCACGAUGACAGAAGAACAGCAGUAUGCUCCGACCCCUCCUCCAUCUCCGACAGAGUAGCGGUGUAUGUGGACUGUCCUGCUGGCGCUCUGUCCUUCUACAGAGUCUCCUCCGACACACUGAUCCACCUUCACACCUUCAACGCCACAUUCACUGAACCUCUGUACCCCGGGUUUAGAUUCACGUUCGGACAUGUUGGUUCCUCAGUCUCUCUGGAACAGUUGGAAGACGAAAAGUCACCUCUUGAGGACAUAAACACUGCUGCUGACUGCUAACAACUUUUUAUUGAACCCUCUUUUUUUUAAACAGGCAAAGGACUGGCAUAAAUACACAAAAUUUAAAGAUCAAGCAACGUCACAAUGUUUUCCAACAGACUGUUUUUGUGCUUAAAAAUAAAAAGUGAACACGAAA